AUGGCACCGAUAAUUUCAAACGAGACUCAAGGUAUUGGGAAACUGGUUGCGUUUGAGGGAAACAUAAAUACUAUCACAACUCAGCUACGACUCCUUCCACACUCGCACAUGAUCCUCGUCGUCCCACCGCUUGAUUAUUUUUUGAGUACAGACCACAAAGGAGAACCAUUUGAGGCUCGGACAUUUGUCCGCGAUGUUCAUAUCGCUCUCGCGCAACGAAACGAAGUAGCGAGGACGUUUCUACGAUCAUCAUCUCAAGCAAGAUUGGUGUUUUUGAACGGCGGCAGUAUUAGUGCGCGAGCAAUAUGCGUUGCAACCAUAUCCCAACGACUCACAUAUGGGAAUUUCGCAGAAGCCGAGACGAUAUUCCAUGAUAUUGUCAAGGAUGGAUUAGCAGGUCUUUUUAAGGAUACUAAGUCUCCGAAACCCAUUCCUUUUUCGCAGCCAGCACGAGCAACAAUUAGACCUCGCACAAAAUUACCCAAGAAGCUGGAUUUAAGGAAUACAAAGAGCGCAACGACAUUGAGUGUCGAAGACCAGUCAGAACAGGAGGUAAAUAUUGACGAAAAUGGAAUACUCAGAGCUCAAAAAUUGAGAAGCAGGGAUGGUAGUGGACUUCAAAUUAUACGUAUCCCUGGAGAAUCUCGGUCAGUCACAUCAGAAUCAUCGGCUUGGGACUCCCAGCAAGCAAACGCCAUCGUGACAACGGUCUUGUCAAUACCUUCCGAUCCAAGGCCAGUUAGUCGAAUCAAUAGAAUAGAUAAUCGGUCACGGCCAACUAGUCAGUACAGUGGUACGUUCGGCCCUCAACCACUAUCAAGUUCGAGGCCAUACUUUACCGCACCGAGAAGCAGGUAUUCAACGCAACAAAAUACAGACAUUGAUGAAGAUGAGGAUUUUUUCGAAUACAUCUCACAAGAUGAUGAGAACUUAUUUCCUGCACCCCAAGUUGUCUAUGGUGAAGCAUGUGUUGUGGAUAUGCAAUCUGCUUUACCAACACCGACGACGUCUAUGAGGUGGACGAAGUCUGUUGGAGAUCUGUUGCUAGAUGACAAUACCAAAAGUUCAAAUAGCUUCAAACAUGCAGCAUCAACGAAUAAUCUCAGGGAUUCGUUCAAUAUGUCGAUUAUGGAUUUGCCUUUUGAGCGAUUGCCCAAGGCAGCGUUUGUAAAGGCGUCGAAAACUACCAUAAAGAGGUCUUCCAUUCCAAGCACUCCGAUUUCGGGAAGUUCGACAGGCUCAGGCUCAAGGGGUGUACCUCGCAUACUCAAGGAGUGUAGUACUGAGGUUGAGGAGGAUUUCGACUCGAUCGAGUCGGUGUUUGAUAUCACUGAGGAUCUAAUCAUACAUUUUACGGAUAAUUCGCCAAGGGAGAUCAUGCGAUCAAUAUCAGAGUAUAAAAGCGGCAAUUUUCCAAUCUCCCCAUCAAUUUUACCACGCCCGCUACCGACCCCUCCUGGCACAGCGGCCGAUGAAUAUCCCAAUCCAAGAUUAGGCCUAGACCAAGGGAAGUAUAAAACUCGCCGGGACUACCAGAAACGUGCUCACGUUGAUCCAUUCUAUUUUAGCGGAUCGCCUGUCGAGGAAGAGAUGAAGCGACGGAGGGCAUCGGAAAGUGUUGAUGCUGCGACUAAUGGACUUUUACUAUCGCGAGAGAGAACUACGUUCCCUAUUCAAAAAGGCACAGUCGAAAAGUUCUGCGAAUUUUCUGGUGCAUACACUAAUAAGUCAAUUGACGUUCAAAACAAAUUCCGCUCUUUUUUGAAUUUUCGCUUUCCUGAAGAGGCAACAGCACUUGAUCAAUACCAAAAUUCUCUAGUGCCCGAGUCAGGUGCAUUCUGGAAACAUAUGUUCAGCAAUGUAAGUUCAAGCUUUGACGAGGGACCUGCCGUUGAUCAAAUCAUCGCAGUCGGGUGUGAAAAGGGAAUAAGUGAUGUUUUCUGCACUCAACUUCUUAGGCAAGUCGAAAACAUUGGUGUUAAAGAGAGUGGUGAGAGUCGAAGUGGCCGACUUGACCUCAGAUUCUUGAUCGCAAGUGCCAUGCAAACUUUCAUGUCUCAACCAUUUCUUUCUCGCAAAGACUUAAACCCCUUAACCGACCCAAGAUUACUCGCGAACCUGAUCGUCCCGCAUCUCGAAAUAUACCUUGCUACCAAUUCCCUAGUCCGAUUCCUCGUUCUCAGCUUUCCGUUUGACCAAAUUGCGACGGUCAUUGCUCUUCGCAGCCUUCUAGGUUCAGAUCUUGUCAAAGUUGCUGGAGUUUUAGAUACCCUUUCUUCAGAUCCUCCUUCGUUUCUUAAAUCUCCUUCUCCUCAAUGCCAUUCUUCACACCAUUCAUACAAUGAUACUGCCGCUACCAGUCCUGAAUGUCCGGUACGUUCGCAGCGAUAUCCUCUCAUAUCGACUCUCGAUGCUUUUAGAAGCGACGAUGCAGAAACAAAACUGAAUCGAUCCUCGGCCUCAUUCUCCCUAUUUUUCAAAGCAGACUACCACUUACCAUCUACUGCCUCGGCCUCCGAAAUUCAGAACUUCGUGACAUUAAUCCGCAAAAAUAUAGUCGAAAGAUUAUCGUGGUACAAUAUUGAACAAGUCCCCCUACAACCCUCCCCGAUACCAAACCAAACGAUCUUCAUGAAAGAUGCAUCCACAUCCACUGAUGAGCUUUUGUUCGCGAAUUUCAAUACGGAUUUGUCACCAUUGAUUGUCGAACAAGAUUCCUUCAGAUUUCCAUCCUCUUUGUACGAUAGUGAAUCAUCAGAAAUCGAAGUACUACGCUCGCCUACACGUCUAUCCCCCUUUCCAAUGCUUAGCCGUAUAACCGGUCAUUCAUUACCACCACCACAUACUUCUGUGCCCAGCUCCUCACACAGUUUAAGCAGCUCAACUAUCCGCCAUAUUCCUAUCGCUAUCGAACGACAGCCUAUGCCUCAGGACUUCACUCCAUCAUAUGAUGAGCCAUUUCCAGAUAAACAAAAUCAGAAUCGAGAACAAGAACAAGACUCGGACUACACAUAUGAAUAUCGUAAUAAAAGGUCCCUCACACCCCCUUACCUCGACCGCGUCCAUUCCAAUACUUCUUCUGGAAGUCUAGAAUUCGAAGAUUUAGAAUUCGAAGCAGAAGAGGAUAGCGAGGAUGAUGCGUAUGAUCGCAUGGUUAUGGGAAGGUAUUCGCCGAUUGGAGCGAAGAGGAGCAUGUUUCCUAACACAAAAUUUGGUGCUGGGAGGGAAGAGAUAGAGUCGAGGGCUAUCAAAGGGAAUUCGAGGAAGGCGCUUAAGUGGUUGGGGUUGGCUUGA